CGGAAGCAGAGAGGCGAACGUGAGAGGAGUAGGUUGAGACCGAGGCCGACUCUGUGAGGGAGCGGGCCGGGGCCCGGCGCCCGCGCCGAGGUGGGGCGCGAUGGACGAGGCCGGCAGCUCUGCGGGCGGCGGCGUCAGCGGCUUCCGCCCGGGCGUGGACAGCCUGGACGAGCCUCCCAACAGCCGCAUCUUCCUGGUCAUCAGCAAGUACACGCCCGAGGCGGUGCUGCGGGAGCGCUUCUCCCGCUUCGGCGACAUCCAGGACAUCUGGGUGGUGCGGGACAAGCACACGAAGGAGUCCAAGGGCAUCGCCUUCAUCAAGUUCGCCCGCAGCUCGCAGGCCUGCAGGGCCAUGGAGGAGAUGCACGGACAGUGCCUUGAGCCCAACAACACCAAGCCCAUCAAGGUAUUCAUUGCUCAGUCCAGAUCAUCUGGAAGUCACCGAGAUGUUGAAGAUGAAGAACUUACAAGAAUCUUUGUUAUGAUACCAAAGUCCUACACAGAAGAAGAUCUACGGGAAAAAUUUAAGGUGUAUGGAGAUAUCGAGUAUUGCAGCAUUAUUAAGAAUAAAGUCACUGGAGAAAGUAAAGGUUUGGGCUACGUACGAUAUUUAAAACCAUCACAGGCUGCCCAAGCAAUAGAAAACUGUGAUCGAAGUUUUAGAGCAAUCUUGGCUGAACCAAAAAAUAAACCAUCUGAAUCCUCAGAACAAGAUUAUUAUAGUAAUAUGAGGCAGGAGGCUUUGGGACAUGAACCUAGAGUAAAUAUGUUUCCAUUUGUUGGAGAUCAACAAUCUGAAUUUCCAAAUUUUGACAAGAAUGAGAACAGAGGCCAGGAAGCUAUCUCCAAACGCCUAUCAGUUGUAUCAAGAGUUCCUUUCACUGAAGAGCAGCUUUUCAGCAUUUUUGAUAUAGUACCAGGAUUGGAGUAUUGUGAAGUUCAACGAGAUCCUUAUUCAAAUUAUGUCGUUUUGGUAACCUGAUCGAAGUUUACCUCGUGUCGGGAAAAAACGUGGGGUACGCCAAGUUUGCAGACAGAAUGAGCGCCAACGAUGCCAUUUCGACUUUGCAUGGGAAGAUUCUGAACGGGGUCAGGCUUAAAGUUAUGCUGGCGGAUUCCCCAAGGGAAGAGUCAAAUAAAAGGCAGAGAACUUACUGAUUCUCAGAACAAAGACUAAAUAAUGACAUAAUCCUCAGCUGACUGACUGAAAAUGUGACUGGACGCACUCCCUGUGGACAGCUGACAGCUUUUUUUUUCAUAUACCUGAUAGUCUGCACAACAUUGUUUUAUCAGCAAAUCAGGGGUGGCUGACAUGUAUUAUAAAAUCCAUACCUUAAUGCUAAAACUAAUAUCGUAGUUGUCUUUAGAAUAAUAUGUUGUUAAGUGUGGCAGAAAUGAAGUCUCUCAGAAAAACAGAAACUGUUGUUAUGUAUAGCAGAAAUAAAGUUUUCUUUGCUUAAAUAAAUUA